AUGGGGCGCCCUCCAGCGUACCUUUUUGUCGUCAGACACGGCUAUCGACUUGAUGCCGCCGACAAACAAUGGCAUCUCUCAUCCCCAACACCCUACGACCCGCCUCUGACGUACAGCGGCUGGCAGCAAGCAAAGAGUUUGGGUUCCAGGAUCGCGUCGAUAAUACGGGAGAGGGUCCAAGAAGAUGAGCGUGCCGGGAGCCAAAAUACCGACGCCGCGGUAAAGCCGAAACGCAAAAGAUACGAGGUUGUUCUACACAGUUCGCCAUUUCUGCGAUGCAUCCAAACCUCAAUUGCCAUCAGUGCAGGGCUCGCCCAGGAUUCAGCUCCAUUCGAGUCCCCGAGUUCCUCUGAAACUACGUCUCCUACUCGGACCUCCCCCACAGACGGCCGACCCAAGCCGACGCUCGUUACAAAUCUCGGCUCCAGUGCCAAUAUCCGAAAGUCUGUGCUGCGGCUGGAUGCGUUUCUUGGUGAAUGGCUCUCGCCGAGCUAUUUCGAGUUCAUCACGCCACCACCCGAGUCCGUCAUGAUGUUGGCCAGCGCCAAGGCCGACCUCCUCCGUCGCGAAGACUAUACCCAUUACCCAAACUCUGUUUCGCACCACCAUUCCAGCUCCCAAGGGCAACUCUGGAGCCCAUCAGCCCGGGAGAGCUCCGCUUCUCCGUUUAGCAGCGGCCAGAAAGAGGAAUUUGGCUCCAUGACAAACCUGGCUGCUUCCCCGGCGACUGGUUCAAGCGCCGGCGGCCAGAGAAACCGCCAGGCGCGAGAAGAAACUGGCUAUGUCUCGCCCGUUCCCCAUUAUGCUAUUAGCAGCAACAACAAUAUCCCGAUAGGAUAUGUUUCACAUGCUCGGGAUGCUUGCGUUAUGGUUGACUACCAAUGGCAUUCUACACGCAGCUUGCUGGAUUGGGGGGACGGCGGGUCUUACCCCGAAGAAUGGGCAGCCAUGCACAAGCGGUUCCGUGCCGGCGCCCAAAGCCUAGUGGAUUGGUAUUCGACGGCAGAUAGGCCAACCCGGCCGGUCACCAAAAGUGUGAGGUCCGAACCCGACAAUGAGUCAAACGAUGAGGAUGUCGAAGUCGAAUCUAUCGUCAUUAUGGUCUCCCACGGAGCCGGCUGCAAUGCUUUGAUCGGCGCCAUAACUCACCAGCCUGUUUUGAUGGAUGUUGGCAUGGCAUCUCUCACGAUGGCGGUCCGCAAGCCGGUUACAGAAAGCUUGGGCUCCCUCAAAGAAUCCGGGGCGACGCCACCCGUCCACGAGCUCUACGAUCUCAAGCUAUUCGCCAAUACCGACCACUUGCGAUCUCCUACAGAUACUCCAACUAAUUCAAGGGCUCCUAUCCUUCCAGGAACCCCGAACGGCAUCCGGGGGCGCCACGCAUCAUUCUCCACGUCUACAAACUUCUCAUGGCACGACGGGCCGGGGAGGAUUAGCUCAUCUGGAGACUCUGGUUUAGGGGGCUUUCGACAGGGUCUUAAAAAUGACUCACCCGUUCCUCGGCUCUCUUUCGCUGUAAGCACUGGGGGUAUCACUGUUGGAAGCGGCGUGACGUCUUUUUCAGCGACGCGGCCGUCAAAUCUAUCACGUAUUGGCAGUAGCGGUCUGUGGUCGCCCAUUGCAGACGAAGACGAAGAGGACGACGGCCCUGCCUUUAACUUUGGUGGGAAUUUUGGAAAGAAGCCGGCAACAACGGUGGCUCCGGCGGCCGCUUCCAGUCCCGCGCCAGAACCCAAACUCACACCAAGUACCACCACCCAAACCACGAAUGGAAGCGCCAUUGUCGACGCCUCACCAAGCGGUGGACCAAUCAAUGAGCGUUCGCCGAAGCCUGAGCGGGAGCAGCUCGGCGCGGGAACUGGGGGGCUUUGGGGCACACCACGGCCGCCUGACGACGCGGACCGUUUCCGGGAUGUCACCGCCUCGAAGCGCCGAUGGACAGUCAGCGAUCGCAGGGGACUCUAG